GCCGCCCCCCACCCCCACACCCCCGGCCCGGCCUGGGGACCCCGGCGUGCUCGGUCCCCUCUGCACGGCGCCCACGCACCUCCUCAAAGCCUUCCGCGGACACGAGUGCGGAGAAGCCGAGGAAGAGGAAAACCGCCUUAUUUAUUAUCAUUCACUGUUGGCAUGGCAACACAGUCCUAUGUUACUGAGCUACAGGCAGCCCCACAAGCAUCCCAGCCGCCCCAGGCCCCGCCCCAGGCCCUGCCCCAACCACCCCCCCCAGCAGCACCCCAGCCUCCUGCUGCAGCAACCCCCCAGCCCCAGUAUGUCACCGAGCUACAAAGCCCCCAGCCCCAGACGCAACCUCCGGGCAGCCAGAAGCAGUAUGUGGCAGAGCUCCCGGCUGCCCCUGCACCCUCACAGCCUGCCACACCUGCCCCAUCCCCUGUGGCUCAGCAGUAUAUCGUGGUCACCGUAUCGGAAGGUGCCAUGCGGGCUAGUGAGACUGUGUCAGAAGCCAGCCCCAGUUCCACGGCAAGCCAGACCGGUGUUCCCACCCAAGUGGUACAGCAGGUGCAGGGCACCCAGCAGCGGCUGCUGGUCCAGGCAAGUGUGCAGGCCAAGCCAGGCCAUGUGUCACCCCUGCAGCUUACCAAUAUUCAGGUGCCACAGCAGGCUAUCCCCACACAGCACCUGGUGGUGCAGAGCCCAGCACCGGGCACUAAGGGUGGCCAGGUCUCCCUGACGGUGCACAGCACCCAGCAGGUGCACUCUGCCCCUGAGAGGUCACCAGUGCAGACCAACAGCUCCACCAGCAAGACAGCUGGGACUCCUGCGGGCACUGUGCAGCAACUACAGGUCCACAGUGUCCAACAGAGUGUCCCUGUCACCCAAGAGAGGUCAGUAGUCCAGGCCACUCCACAGACCAAAGCUGGCCCGGUGCAGCAGCUGACUGUGCAGGGACUGCAGCCAGUUCAUGUUGCUCAAGAGAGCUCAGGCAGUCAGUUUCCCGCUAGGAAGGCAGAGCAGCAAGAAACCCGGCCCACGCCGCCGCCGGAGCCGCCGCCCCGGCCUCCCGGGCCCGGGCCAGCGUGCUGCGGCGAGGCCUUGCAGCUAGGCAGCGAGCAGCAGCCGUCCCAUUACGAGCCGGGUGUGGAGCAGUGGGUGGAGCUGGUGGGCGUGCUGCCCCCACACCUGCUCCUGCCGCAGCAGAGGGUGGUCUUCGAGCCACAGCCGGGGCUCUCGGCCCGAGCCAGUCCCGACCUGAGGGUCAGGAUCCACAGAAUGCCCCAGGUGCUAGUGUUCGGCACCGCCCUCAAAGUACAGCAACUCCCGCAGGUGCCUGUCCCACAUGUGUACUCCAGCCAGGUGCAGUACGUGGAAGGUGGCGACGCCAGCUACACAGCCAGCGCCAUCCGCUCUAGCACCUACCAGUACCCUGAGACGCCUAUCUACACACAGACAGCAGGCACCAGCUACUAUGAGGCCUCAGGCAUGGCUGCCCAGGUCAGCACGCCAGCUACUUCCCAGACGGGCUCAGUGUCCAUGUAUGUGUCUGGCAGCCCAAUUGUCGCCAGCUCAUCCAGCAGCGAGGCUGGGGCCAGCAACAGCAGUGUGGGUGCAGGGGGCAACGGGGGAGGCAGCAGCAGUGGCGGCGGCAGUGGCGGCGGCAGCGGCAGUGGAGCAGGCACCUACGUGAUCCAAGGCGGCUACAUGCUAGGCAAUGCCAGCCAGUCUUACUCCCACACCACCCGUGCCUCACCAGCCACAGUCCAGUGGCUCCUGGAUAAUUACGAGACCGCUGAGGGCGUGAGCCUGCCUCGGAGCACCCUCUACUGCCACUACCUGCUGCACUGCCAAGAACAGAAGCUGGAGCCGGUUAAUGCCGCCUCUUUCGGCAAGCUCAUCCGUUCCGUAUUCAUGGGUCUGCGCACGCGCCGUCUGGGCACCAGGGGCAACUCUAAGUAUCACUAUUACGGCCUACGGAUCAAAGCCAGCUCACCCCUGCUGCGGCUGAUGGAGGACCAGCAGCACAUGGCCAUGCGAGGCCAGCCCUUCUCCCAGAAACAGAGGCUCAAGCCCAUCCAGAAGAUGGAGGGCGUGGCCAACGGUGUUGCUGUGGGGCAGCAGAGCACAGGGCUGUCAGACAUCAGCGCCCAGGUGCAGCAGUACCAGCAGUUCCUGGACGCCUCCAGGAGCCUCCCUGAUUUUGCUGAGCUGGACCUCCAGGGCAAAGUGCUGCCUGAGGGCGUCGGUCCUGGGGACAUCAAGGCCUUCCAGGUCCUGUACCGGGAGCACUGUGAGGCCAUCGUGGAUGUCAUGGUAAACCUCCAGUUCACACUGGUAGAAACGCUGUGGAAGACCUUCUGGAGAUAUAAUCUUAGCCAGCCUAAUGAGGCACCACCACUGGCCGUGCAUGAUGAGGCAGAGAAGCGGCUGCCCAGGGCCAGUCUGGUGCUCCUCUCCAAGUUCCAGCCUGUGCUUCAGUGGACCAAGCACUGUGACAAUGUGCUGUACCAGGGCCUGGUGGAGAUCCUCAUCCCUGAUGUUCUGCGGCCCAUCCCCAGUGCCUUGACCCAAGCAAUCCGGAACUUUGCCAAGAGCCUGGAGAGCUGGCUUACCCACGCCAUGGUGAACAUCCCUGAAGAAAUGCUGCGGGUGAAGGUGGCAGCAGCCGGUGCCUUCGCACAGACGCUGCGGCGCUACACAUCGCUCAACCACUUGGCGCAGGCUGCACGGGCAGUGCUGCAGAACACUGCGCAGAUCAACCAGAUGCUAAGCGACCUCAAUCGAGUGGACUUUGCAAAUGUCCAGGAGCAGGCCUCGUGGGUGUGUCGCUGUGAGGACCGUGUGGUGCAGCGUUUGGAGCAGGACUUCAAGGUGACACUGCAGCAGCAGAACUCACUGGAGCAAUGGGCAGCCUGGCUGGACGGCGUUGUGAGCCAGGUGCUCAAGCCCUACCAGGGCAGUUCUGGCUUCCCCAAGGCGGCCAAGCUCUUCCUCCUCAAGUGGUCCUUCUACAGCUCCAUGGUAAUCCGGGACCUGACCCUGCGCAGUGCUGCCAGCUUCGGUUCCUUCCAUCUCAUCCGACUGCUCUAUGAUGAGUACAUGUACUACCUGAUCGAGCACAGAGUGGCCCAGGCCAAGGGCGAGACCCCAAUCGCAGUCAUGGGAGAGUUUGCAAACCUGGCCACCUCACUGAAUCCCUUGGACCCUGACAAAGAUGAGGAAGAGGAGGAGGAAGAGGAGAGUGAGGAUGAGCUGCCACAAGACAUCUCCCUGGCGGCUGGCAGUGAGUCCCCUGCACUAGGCCCAGAAGCUCUGGAGCCACCAGCGAAACUGGCGCGGACUGACACCCGUGGCCUCUUUGUGCAGGCCCUGCCCUCCAGCUAAGCCUGAGACCUUCCUGCACCCCUCUACCCGCCCAACCUGCUGCUGCUGCCCCUCCAGGCCAGGGUCCGGUCCUUCAGUUUUUGUGGCUUCACUGUAACCCUUCCAGCACAUGCCAGAGCUGGAGAGGGUCCCCCCUGACAGGGAAGGCUAGGAGAGUCUCCCCUCAUAUGGGGCUGGUACAAUCAUGGGCGGGGCUGGGCAGAAUUGAAGCUGCAAACCCUGACACAAAAGAUGUGCCUUAAGGAACCUGCCUAGGUGUCCCUCUUUCCUGCCCCAGCUCACAGCCCUAUUCCCCCACCACUACCACCCCAGAGGGCAGCAGGCCAGCUCCUCCCCUGCGGAACUAUUAACUUAUUCUGCUCUCUGGCUUUGCACAGCCUGCCUGGGCAGGCGCAGGUGGAUAGCACCUUGGGACCCCCACCGUCAGCAGCAGUACCCCACUGCUCCCCUUUCUUGGUAUAAGUGCAAUUAAAGCUGUGGGUGUUGCACCUUCUCCAGAGCUGGGCUCUCCUGGCUCUGCAGCCCAGAGAGGGGCAUAUUGUGAAGGGCCCCGGCCUCCAGCUUCCAAAGAGGAGCAUCCGGCUGGCUGCAGGGCCAGGUGCUCCAGACCCGAGGCCUCGCCCUGCGCCUUCUACCCCAUCAGCUUGUGACCGAAACCUGCUCCCAGAGCUACUUGUCCUCCGUGCAGUGCCCCGACCCCCGUGACUGUUGUGAUUAGUGAGCGCCGCCUGAGCGGCUCAGUGACUUGUUGGGUUCUUCCAACCAUCAUGGCCUUAUCCGGUCCCGUUUUCUCAGUGUCUUCAAUCUGUGAUAGAUGUUUAUGGAGAAACAGAAAAUCUGGCCUAUUGUACAGAAAUCACUAUUUUGUGUGCUCCGCGUGCUGCAGCUUUGGGGUGGCCCUGCACACUCCCUGGGCCUUCCGCCCAGUGGUCAAAGUGUCCACGCGCGUGCUAGUUUAGUGUGCUGUUUUCUACCUUUUUGUAGUCUUUCUUAAAACAAUAAACACUGCUGUGA